GGAGCCCUUCUGCGUCUGCUCCACAGACACACUGCGUGGGAGCCCUGGUUGAGCGCUUGGCCGGCCCCAUCUGUUCACAACUCUCUGCGGAGGCACAAGGGGAUUCUCUUUAGGAGCGCAUCGUUGGUGUGACUUUGGCUCCUGCACCCCGAGAUCGGCUCCCAGGCACGGCCCCAGGAUGUCCCAAGGCAACGACGUGACCUACGCUGACCUCAGCUUUGGGAAGAGCCCUCCAAAGAAGCCCCUCCAGGAAGAGCCCAAUGAGGGGGAGCUUGCCUAUGAGAACGUUUGGGGCCCGGGGGCCAAAGAAGUGGAGGAAGAACGAGAGGAGGAGGAGGAGGAGGAGGAGGAGGAGGCACCUGGGAGAGGCAAGGCUGCAAAAGGAUGGAAAGGCUGGACCAAGAGGACUGCCCUGGUUGCCGUGGCCACCGGCCUCUUCCUUCUGGCCACCACCGUGGGACUUGGGGUCCGAUACUGGCAGGUCUCUGGUCAACUCCACCGGGCAUCGCAAAGCCACGCUGCCCACAGCGCUGCCCUGGCUCAGAGGAGCAGCGCCCAGGAGGAGAUCCUGGAUCGGACGAAGGGCCAACUGCAACAGACCAAAGAGGAGCUCUCUUCCACCCGGGAGGCCCUGAGGAAGAGCCAGGAGGUGGCCAAGAAGACCCAGCAGCAGCUGCAGGGCCUGGAAGAGGAGCUGAGGGUGGCCAACCGCAGCCUGGAGGACUUGAAGCAGGAGAACGAUGAGAAGGAGGCACUGCUGCGGCAGCAAGUCGGCUCCUGCCCCUCCGGGUGGAAGCUCUUCCGCUGGAAAUGCUUCUGGAUUUCGACUGAAGCGAAAGAUUGGUGGAGAAGCCAGGGAGACUGUCAGAAGAAGCGUUCGCAGCUGGCUAUUCUGAAGAAGCCCUGGGACACAAGGGAGUUCUGGGACGAGGUGAUAGUCAAGAACUCUCUGCAGAAUAGUGAAUACUGGGUCGGACUCAUCAGAACCCGGUUGCAACAGAAGCAUGCCUAUGUUUUCCUUUGGGCUGAUGGAUCCCACUAUGAAGGGACUGAACCAUUAAAUAAAAAUUAUUCUCCUGACUAUGUUAAAAUUAGGCAUGGAAACCUGGCACAGGAUUGGUGGCAUGAGUACCGAUACAUCUGUGAGAUGGCCGCCAGCUCCAUAGCCCUACCUGAGCCCAAUAGACACAACAUGCAGUACUAAAGGCCCCGCAAUACCCGGCCAAUUUGUUAUAUGAUUUCAGUAACCACAAGAUCACACAGUUCGGAAACCCAGCACGCUUUGACUACUCCGGAAGGCCAAAUCAGGACACGGACAGCUAGAAGGCAAAAGCAGGGGCUUUUAUUCUUCCUGCCCAGAAAGGAUGUCAGGGGAGAAAAGCACUCUAAAGGACUGACACAACACAAGGGAAAUUGCAGAGCAUCUUCUUUCACUUAGUCAGUUAUUCAGAAAACCCAUGCCAGCUCCUAAUUGGCUAAGAGAUUGACGGGCUAGGAUCCAUGCUCUGGUUGGCUAAGACGUCCGUGGAGCGACUUUGUUGAUUGGCUCUUGCUUGUGGCAGAAAAUUUAAUAAACUCAUUUGUUGAUUUGA